UCUCUCCUAUUCCACAGCUUUCAGGAGACUCAGCGUCCCCGGAUCACGUUCGGAUUUUGUCACAAAAUCUUCGACUCUAUCACGAUUGUUGUUGUAUCUUGGUAACAAUUGUUUUAGUGGCUCUCGGUAAAUCUUACUAAGACGCACAAAUUCCAGAGCAAUUUGGCUCAGAAUUGGCAGCGCACAAGGUAUCAGUUUAAUAGGAUUUUGUCAAUGUAGGGUUGGGAGCCUCCAAGCACGUCUAGGCAAGAGUGGGAGAUUCAAUUCUUCAGCUCUAAUUUUGUAGUUCUUUGAAUUUAGGGUGAAGGAGCUGCAAGGUGCAAAGGAUGGGAAAUUGUGUGUAAGACUGGGUGCCAAUUUGGUAAAUUUAGAAUGGCACGGUUCACAAUAUCAUCUCUGAGGUCACCUCUCCCAGCAUGGUGCCCGCGCCCAGCACCUUCCGAAUAUUGCAGCAUUAAUAAAAGAUUUCAAACUUUGCCGAAUUACUCAACCUCUCAUGCCGCCCCCUUCGUUCACAAACUACCUUCUCAAUCCUCCUCGCGAAGUAUGGAGGUUUUGGAGAAUUCCCAGGUUCGGCUCAUGCCAUUCAAGGUUGCGAGUUUGAAUAAUUUUUGCGGAAAAAGGAUGUCUAAGGCAAGUGCUCCAGGUCUCAGGAGUCACAAUUCCUUGUCCUUCAAUUCAAGGGACGUCGGGCGUGCAAGCGUGAGAUUGCCAUAUAUCAGAGCUUCGUCGUUCUCAUCAAUUUCUUCGUCGAAUGGAGACGGCAGCGUGAAUGACGAGAGGUUCGAUGUAAUAGUGGUUGGGGGUGGGCAUGCUGGCUGUGAAGCUGCACUUGCAGCGGCACGAAUGGGUGCCCAAACGCUUUUGUUGACGCUAAACUUGGAUCGCAUCGCCUGGCAGCCGUGUAAUCCAGCAGUAGGUGGCCCUGCGAAAUCUCAAUUGGUUCAUGAAGUGGAUGCUCUUGGUGGCGAAAUAGGGAGGAUGGCCGAUAGAUGCUAUUUGCAAAAGAGGGUAUUGAAUCGUUCAAAAGGUCCAGCUGUAUGGGCACUUCGAGCCCAGACAGACAAGAGAGAAUAUGCCUUGGAGAUGAAGAAGAUUAUUGAGAACACAAAAAAUUUACAAAUUCGGGAGGCUAUGGUGACAGAAAUACUCGUGGGCAACAAUGAUGAUGUAACUGGAGUUCGCACAUUUUUUGGAGUCGAUUUCAUUGCUCCUUCUGUGGUGCUAACCACGGGCACUUUCAUGAACGGAAAAAUAUGGGUUGGCCGCUCCUCCAUGUCGGCUGGAAGGGCAGGGGAAUCGGCAUCAGAAGGGCUUACAGAAAAUCUGCAAAAUUUUGGUUUUGAAACUGAUCGAUUAAAGACGGGAACUCCGGCAAGAGUUGACGUUCGUUCUGUUGAUUUUUCUGUUAUGGAAGCACAACCAGGUGACGAGGAUGUGCGGUGGUUCAGUAACGAUCCAUUGGUUCACAUCGAGAGAGAGCAAAUGAGUUGUUAUCUAACUCGUACUACACCUGCUACACAUAAAAUGAUUAAUGACAACUUGCAUGAGACUCCUACCUAUGGUGGUUGGGUAGAAGCUAAAGGACCUCGAUAUUGCCCUUCCAUUGAAGACAAGAUAGUCAGGUUCAAGGACAAAGAAACUCAUCAAAUAUUUCUGGAACCUGAAGGUCGUGAUGUACCAGAGUUAUAUGUGCAGGGGUUUUCAACGGGAUUACCUGAAAGAUUACAACUAGCUCUUUUAAGAACACUUCCUGGACUUGAAAAAUGCACGAUGCUUAGACCAGCAUAUGCUGUGGAGUACGAUUAUCUCCCAGCGCAUCAGUGCCACCGAAGCUUGAUGACCAAGAAACUGGAGGGAUUGUUUUUUAGUGGCCAAAUUAAUGGCACCACAGGUUAUGAAGAAGCUGCUGCGCAGGGGCUUGUAGCAGGUGUAAAUGCUGCGCUUCGCGCGGAUGGCAAGUCGCUAUUGGUGUUAGAGCGUGAGAGCAGCUUCAUAGGAACUUUGAUCGAUGAUCUUGUCACCAAAGAUCUGCGCGAGCCUUACCGCAUGCUCACAAGCCGAUCCGAGCAUCGUCUUCUGUUAAGAGCUGAUAAUGCGGAUAGCCGAUUAACUCCAUUAGGCCGGGACUUGGGUCUUGUUGAUGACCGGAUGUGGAAUCUAUUUCAAGACAAACAAAUACGCAUUGCUUCAGAAAAAAACCGACUGCAGACAACAAAAGUAACUCCUAAUGAGAAAAUUGCAGAAGAAGUAGCUCAGGUUUCAGGGCAGGGGAUUAAAGAAACUGUGGCGCUAGCAACGAUCUUGAAGCGGCCUCACGUUCACUAUUCAGUUCUAGAGAAUCAUGGGUAUGGAAACUCUGAACUUACUAGCAUGGAGAAAGAAUGUGUUGAGAUAGACAUCAAAUAUGCUGGCUUUAUUAUGCGUCAGCAAGGCCAGCUUGAACAGAUGGUACACAAGCAGCAUAAGGCUAUUCCAGAUGAUUUAGAUUAUAAUUCCAUCAGCACAAUAUCAAUGGAGGCUCGGGAAAAGCUAACAAAGAUACGACCUCAAAAUAUAGGGCAAGCGUCGAGGAUAGGGGGAGUCAAUCCAGCCGACAUUACGGCCUUACUUAUUCACCUAGAAGUACAACGGCGACAAAAUGCGGGAUUAAAACCGCGAGGGCCUAGAUCAAAUGGAAGACUGUUGGGCACGACGGAGCCAGUAGGAGCACAUGACGAGGUCAAUAUUUUGGAGCAAAUUGCGUCUGCUUGACGACUAUCAUGAGAAAGGAAACAUGUGCAGUUUUCCUAGCGAAGUGCAGCUUGCCAUCGAAGGUGAUGGGCUCGACUUGCAUGCUGCGUAAAGGAAAAUAGUGCAUUAGCAUUUUUACGAAUUGUAUGGAAUCGUUGUUUUGAAGUAAAUUUAAAUGAUAGAUACGCAGAAAAUUUUGAAGUGCCAAAACAUUCAUCUUUAACUUGAAAUUUGUAACAUUGGUUGAACCGCCAAGUGGCAUGUUUUUCGAAA